AUGUCUGCAAAAGCUACUUUUUCUAUUAAGAACGGUCCUACAUUUGAAGGUUACUCCUUCGGUGCUGACAAAUCUGUCGCUGGUGAAGCUGUUUUCACCACAUCUUUAGUUGGCUACCCAGAGUCCAUGACAGAUCCUUCCUACUGUGGUCAGAUCCUAGUCUUCACUCAGCCAUUGAUUGGUAACUAUGGUGUCCCAUCUGGUGAGGCCCGUGACCAGUUCAACUUGCUUAGAUACUUUGAGUCUCCCCAUGUUCACGUUGUGGGUAUCAUUGUUGCAGAGUACGCUUAUGAGCACUCCCACUGGACUGCGGUCGAGUCUUUGGCCAACUGGUGUCAGAGGGAAGGAGUCGCUGCAGUCACGGGUGUCGACACCCGUGAAGUGAUCCAGUACUUGAGAGAGCAGGGCUCUUCUCUAGGUCGUAUCACUGUUGAAAACCAGGAAUCAGCUGAUUAUUUGGACCCAAUGAGCACUAACCUAGUCGCAAGAGUCACCACCAAGCAACCAUAUUAUGUCAAGGCUUUGGAACCAAAGUGCAACGUUGCCUUGAUCGACUGUGGUGUCAAGGAAAAUAUUGUUAGAAGUUUGGUUGCUAGAGGUGCCAAUGUAACUGUUGUACCUUAUGAUUACAGAAUCCAGGAUAUCGCCAGUGAAUUCGAUGGAAUCUUUAUCUCCAACGGACCAGGUAACCCAACCUUCUGCGAAGUUACAGUCAACAAUUUGAAAGAGUUGAUGCAAGAUGAAAAACUGGUCGAUUUACCAAUCUUUGGAAUCUGUCUAGGUCACCAAUUGCUAGCUCUGGCUGCAGGUGCCAAGACCCACAAGUUGAAAUACGGUAAUAGGGCUCACAAUAUCCCAGCUAUGGAUCUAACUACGGGACAAUGCCAUAUCACUUCUCAAAAUCAUGGUUACGCUAUAGAUGAAUCUUCCUUGCCAAGUGGCUGGAAGCCAUACUUCAUCAAUUUGAAUGACCAGUCGAAUGAGGGUAUGAUACAUCUAACAAGACCAAUCUUCUCCACCCAAUUCCACCCAGAAGCUAAAGGUGGUCCAGAAGACACUGCAGUGCUAUUUGACAAGUACUUUCACAACAUUGACGAGUACAAAGUCAAGAAGCAGGCCAACUUGAAGCUUGCUGCAGCUCCAGUGACCAUCAAGGUUGAGCAGUUGGCUACUGAAAGGGUUUUUUAA